UCCUUCAGUCACUCACACGACAUUGAUCGCACCGUUUUCGUCGCGUCCCUAUCCCUUUUCGCUUUUGAGUGAAUUUUCCUUUGAUUUCGUUAAAAUGAGCAAUCGUAAUCGCAAUCGAACUUGGUCUAGGCUAAAUCCGCACAAUACUCGGACUAGAUCAAGUGGCAGUAAGCAAGAAACACGCCGGUAUUCAACAAGCCAAGCUGUGAGCCAGGACACAAAAUAUCAUAUGCAGUCAUCGAUGUCGCCUUCAUUUUCGUCAUCAUCAGCUAGUGGUGAGAGAGGAUGGGACUAUCUGUUACGUCGCAAAGCUGAAUAUAUCAACGAUCGCAUUCACAAGGCCAAAGCGGCAGGAGUUGCUGGAACAACAGAAGUAUUUUUACGUUUUCCCAUCAAGGAAGAACCCAGUAGUCCAAAAAGGAACGAAUCAACGUAUUCACUUUCACAGAUGACUCCUUCAUUGCCGGGAAUGGAUGCCUCUCAGAGUGCAAACGAAGGUUUUUGGAUUGACACAACUGGUGAUGGAUACCGAGAACAAAAUGAAACGCGACAAACGCUUUCAAGACGAGCAGACCACUAUAUCAAGACUGAAGCUCCUUGGAAUUACCCAGAACCAACCGUCGAAAGCUAUGGGGUUCUUCACUCGAGUGAAGAUACAGGACAGAGUUAUGGGAUAAACACUACAGCUUAUCAACUGCCUGAUCAAACCGUGUCACAAAGCCUGCCAAAUGACCGUGAAGAUACACGUUGUGAUACAAAACAGGGUUUAAAGAGAAAAUUUAAUGUAUUAAGCAAUUCUCUGUCAGUUCAAAUGUUAGUUGCCAACAUACGAAAUGCUGUUGCUACAAAUCCGAAUUUUAAGAGAAGCAAACAUGAUUCUGCAGCAAAUCAGACGUUAGGUCAUAAUGAACGAAAUGGUAUUGGUGAUGCAAGUUGUACCUCAGAGCAGAGUUUUAUGGAAAACAACUGGGCUAAUCAUGAGUUUGAACAAACAUUGAGUCAUCACAUGGCAAGUGUUAUGAAAGAUUCUCAGGAGUCUACAGAGUUGGACUUCAAGGGAAACAGGCGGGAUUCUGUGGCCAAUCAGACAUUGGCUUGUAAUACACCGAAUGAUGGCCGAGAUGUGAACCAUUCUACCAAGCAGGAUUUUGGUGGAAAUAAGCCGAAUUCAGCAUCAAAUAAGACAUUAAUUCACACUUUGCCAUACCCCGCUGAAGGUGUCGAGGUGGUGUACACAGUAGAUCCAGUUGAAGCUGAAGCGUGGCUAAGAAACAAUAUCAUUGACUGUUCUGCCCAGGCAGUUGGUUUUGAUAUUGAAUGGAAACCCCAGUAUGUAAGCAAGAAGAAAGGAGGUGUGGAAAACAAGACUGCUGUCUUACAGCUAGGAGUGGAAAGCUCUUGCUUGGUGCUGCAUCUUUACAACAUGAAGUCGCCACCACAGCUGCUGAGAUCUGUCUUGAAUGACAAGAAGAUUUUGAAAGUUGGAAGUGGGAUUUUGCAGGAUGUUGUGAAGCUGAAGCGGGACACAGGAUUGAUUUGCCUGGGAAUGGUAGAUACACAGAAAAUGGCAAAGUCUAUGGGUACUAAUGCACCACGGAAACUGGGCCUCAAAGCUCUUGCUCAGCACUUCCUUGGAAUUAACCUGGAGAAACCAAAGUCUGUCUCCAGGAGCAACUGGGAAAACUAUCCUCUGACAAUCAGACAAAUUCAUUAUGCUGCAUUAGAUGCUUGGAUUGGGCUCAAAAUUUACCAGCGCAUGAAACUGGAAAUUGGGCAAGGCCAGGCACACACUAAUGAAACACAACUCGUUGAUGAUGAAGCCGAGGAGAAGUCAGCAGUGAUUCACACUUUGCCAUACCCAGCUGAAGGUGUUGAGACAGUGUAUACAGCAGAUCCAGUUGAAGCUGAAACAUGGUUAAAGAACAAUAUCAUUGACAGUUCAGCCCAGGCAGUCGGUCUUGAUAUUAAAUUUAAACCUGAGUUUGUAAGCAUCAAGAAAGGAAUGGAAAAGAAGACCGCUGUUGUAGUGUUAGGAGUGGAAAGCUCUUGCUUGGUGCUGCAUCUUUGCGGCAUGAAGUCACCACCACAGCUGCUGAGAUCCAUCUUGAAUGACAAGAAGAUCUUGAAAGUUGGAAAUGCAAUUUCGCAGGACGUUACAAAGCUGCAACGUGAUACAGGAUUGACUUGCAAGGGAAUAGUCAAUACACAGGAAAUGGCAAAGUCUAUGGGUACUAGUGCACCACCAAAACUGGGCUUCAAAGCUCUUGCUGAGCACUUCCUUGGAAUUAAACUGGAGAAGUCACCAAAGUCUGUUGCCAAGAAAAACUGGGAAAAGUAUCCUCUGAAAAUGAGGCAAAUUCAUUAUGCUGCAAUAGAUGCCUGGAUUGUGUUCAAAAUUUACCAGCACAUAAAAUUGGUGAAAGAGCAACACCAGACACACAUUAAUGAAACACAACUUGUUGAUGAUGAAGCUGAGGAGAAGUCUGGUAAGAUUGUCAAGUGCCAUGUGUGUAAGAAAAAGUUAAAGAGCCAGAAUGCCCUUUCUAAUCACAUCAAAAUUCACGCACAGUGCAAGUGUGGUAUGUUUUUUCAGGACAAAAUUUCCAAGAUGCACAGGCUGUUUUGCCCAGAGGUCAAUCCUGUUACUCCACUAGAUCAAGCUGAUGAUGAUAGCAUUUUUCACUGUCAAGCAUGUGGAAAGAGGUGCAAAAGUGCUGAGAAACUGAUGAUGCAUAUCAAAGAAGUGGGGCAUGUUCGGUGUCCAUUUUGUACCAGAUUACUUAAAGGUCCUCAGUGUACCAGUCAUAUUAGGAGAUGUAGGCAAUUCAGUGGACAAUGGACUCAGAAACAGGUGCUGCACUCUGAGUGUGACUGAGAAAUAUGUUAGUUGAACCAGCGGUAGCCUUCAACAAAUUUGACUAAGAAACUGAAUUUGUUUCUUAUCACUUUCAAUUGUUGUUGUUGACUUUGAUUCAAAAGCUUGAAAACCACCUGAACUUACUUCUGGGUUGUCAACUGUGAAACAAAAUAAAACAGAACAUUUCUAUGUGGAUUUUUCACUUCUGCAGUGAUGUUAUAAGGAGAAAUAGUGACUGUACUGGUCAGAAUGAAAUAAUAUUAUAGUAGUGUUGUGAGCCACUCUGUGCGUUAUAUUUGAAAAUGUUGCAAGUUUUUUAAAUACUGUAUAGCCACAUAUUCCCUUCGUAGAUUGUUGCCUUUUUGAUCAAUUAAAGUGUAUUUGAAGAAUUUGCAUGUAAGAAAGAUAAAAUUGUGCAGUACUAAUGAAUAUGAAUGAAAGGAAAGAGUGCAUUUAUCUUUUUAUUUGUAGAUGUUAGUGGUCCAAGCCAAUCUUCAGAGAAGUUAAUAUGUAAGUUGUGAUUUUGGGCUAGAUAUAAUAAAUGGCAAUAAAUAAAA